AUGUUCAAGCAGAAGUUGCGACUUGACACGGCGGAGAAGGUGCAUCGACGCAACGAGAUGAACCCUGGAAACGAGGGUGCACUAGCUACGCUUACCCGUAAACAGAAUAAUGUAAACAAUGGACGGGCCGGAGUUCAGCCGAGUGGACAAUACGUCACGCCAAGCCGCCACACAGAAUUCUUCGAGGAGAACAGCAACACCAUACGUCGAGGCGACAGCGAGACGGAGGAACGAGACCAUUUAACGACCGAGACGUGGUCAAGUGCGGGUGUAAUGAUCUCGGAAACCAUUGCUUCCAUCAACUUCCUUAAAUACUCCUUUUGGACACCACCUGAAGGAGGACACUAUCUUAGCAUUCAAGGACUCUGUUGUCUCAUUCAUUUCCUUGGUCGGCAUCAAGAUCUGGAUGAAGCAUCUCACGAUGCCAUCUCCAGUUUGUUAAAUCUUCUUAGACGGCCAACGGCCAAGUUCGCUCCAUAUAUGAAUGACACCACGGCACCACAUCUUCUCUGGGAUAUCAAAUUAGAGACCCGUUUGCCUAUUAAAGAUCAGCUGUGGACGAGGCUCGCGGAGCUCCCUUGCGACUACUUCACGUGUGGAAGCAGGAAAGUCUUUCGGACUUGGUUCCAGUGGGUCUGCUACGCAGGCAUGAAUAAUGCGGAUUUGGAGGGAAUUUACGUGCCCUUGUAUUGGUCAAGACUCCAAGAGGGACUUCUGGCAGGGUUUUCCGAGCAACGCAAAUAUUGCCUUGGGAUCCUUCGCCAAUCUCUGCUCAUUGCUCACCGACACGUUGCAACCCCUCAUAUGACGUUCAAGAUCGAGCAGCGUGUUGAAUAUCAGAUGCAGUACGAGAGCUACUGCAAUCUAUUCGAGACUAUUAUUCUCGAUCGGUAUCCAAACCAGGUUGAGGCUUGCUUGCCAGAACUCUCAAGGCUGUUAGGACCUGGUUGUCUUGUACACCCAGCAUGGAUAUCGGUAAUGCUAUCUUCAGCCCUGAGUCCAAAAAUCCAAGACGGGAUACGCAAACUUAUUGGAUUGUGGUACAUGAGAUUUGUCGGCGAAGAUAACGGCCUCAUUGAAGGCCAGACAGAGUUCUUCAUCCAUGGAUUCCUUCCAUGGGCGACUCAAGGCACACUUUUCACGUCGUCUCUCAUCUCCACCCGAGCACAUACGGCAUCCACCCACGGCGCCGGUCUCACUAAUAUCCUGUGUAAUUUUCUCAUGAAGCUGCCCACAAUGCUAGAGCAGCGGAAACUGUUCCGAGAUAUCUUGCGCUUCAUCGUAGAUAGGCGCGGCAAGAUCUUUGCAUAUUCGAUUUUAUACCUUCUUGAAGGUCUCGCCGAAAGCAUCAAAAAGCAACCAGCGCUUGCUGAUCUGGAGAACAAUGACGUGGAGCUCCUUCUUCAGGUUUACCGUCUUCCUGGCCUGGCUGAGGUUGCCAAGGAUCUCAGCGCGACUUUCUGUGGCGAAAUUCUUGGACACGCUAUGUUGAGGGGGCUUAACUUCAAGAAUUUGCCGGGAUUUAAUUUGAUCAUGUUUCAUGUAAAGGAACUGCAAGAGCAUACUCCUCCUCAUGCAGACUCUCUGAUCACCCAACAACAGACUACCGCACUAACUUGUGCGGCCUCAUCAUUACAAAAUUUCUCGAAAAACCUUGAGCAGUCAAGGCGCAAGCUCAUCCAAGCCCAAGCCUUGGUUCCCGCAUGCGAACACCUUAUUGAAACCUUAGAGACUUGCGGGCCAGAUGGCUACGAAGAAGACCAGCUAUACAGUAUUUUGGACGCAGUGUGGGAUGAGGCAGACAUUCAAGACUUUCGUCGAGCUGUUGUCGUGAAAUUACCACCCCUGUUCUUCCAUCCUACAUGUAUCCAGGCUUGCAUUAAACACCAGGAAGAGGUGCGGGAUGCUUAUGCGACGGAGUCGUUGACGAACCUGCUCACGAGAGUAUUGAACCAGUUGCAUCAUCUUGCAGAAAGUAGGUCGUACCUAUUGUCUACCCUCACCAGUUCAAUCCGCAAAGCAUGCUUGUUCUCUCCAAAAAUCAUGGGAAUUCUCCCAGUCAACGACUUCCUCAUCCGAUUUAUCGAAAAUCCUCCCUCCCCUCGGGCCGAAUUUUUGUUCGAAAUUGCAGCAGUUGAGAAACUCCACAGAAUUAUUCCACAUCGGACAUAUGAAUGUUACUACGGAAAACGAGAAUGGUUCGCGUAUGCCUGCGUCAUUGAUCUCCUCAACCGCUUCCCGGAAUCGCAGCUUGGUGUUGCCAAAGAAGUGCUUCGGCGACUAACGCAACGUUGGAAAGACCAAAAAGGGAAUAUUCCAAUCAGAAGUAAAUGGAAACAAGCGUUCCAACUCCAAGCUAUGUUGGUUUUAUCAGAGUCAUGUAUCCAAGAGUUGGAUGUGGAAUGGUACCUAGAUACUUGUAUGAAGAUAUUGACACUGGAACCUUGGCCCCGAUACCGCUUUCUCCUCGAAUGGAUCAUCGCGCGCAUUUACUAUUGCUACCCGAACCACGCUCGCCGUAUUCUGCCAGACAUUGUAAAAGCAGAAGACGAAAAUCCUCGACUCGUGGCGUCACUAAUGAAACUCGCAGUCUCGGCGGCUUCAUUCCUCGAUUCCGAAGACUUUGGACUGGACCUCAUGGUUCAGCUGAUCCCGUUCUCGGCGAGCUCGAAAGUACAAAUACGGUUUGAGGCGCAGUGGUCGUUUCCCAUUCUAUGGGAUCUAGCGGAGCGAAAGAGCUGGAUGAGCAUCCUGGGAAACCCAGCGUUCAAGGCGCUGGAUAAGCAUAUUCGAAGUCUAGAUAAAUUCAAUACUCCGAUUAUGAGUAGUCGGACGCUGAAGCUAGAUGUCGUGAGCGAGACCACAAUCACGAGUAUUUUCCAAGGGGACUACCUGCGGGUCGAUGAGCCAGAAAAGGAGUUUGUUGCGCGUGAGGACUUUGAGGAGCUUUGGGCUGAGGAUAUGAAGAGUGAGUUCUGCACACCACCUCCAUGUAUUCCGCUUGGAGAUGCGGAUGAAAAACCCCACCUUCCAAUUAGCUCUACGAAAUCAGAAAAGCAAACAGCAACAAUAUCGCAGCCUAUUUCGACAGCACCAGUCCCCCUCCAAACCAAAUCUAGCUUAGACCUCUCCUCCCUCCUUCCCUCCACCUCGUCCUCUCCAUCUUCUUCACUCCCCUCUCGUCCCGCACCCAUCAUACUCCUCGCUACCCUCAUCGAUAAUCCAACAAACCUCGGGGGACUCAGCAGAAUCGCAGAAUCCUUUGGACUGGAGUCCUUGAUGGUGAAAAGUGCGGACGUCGUGGCAUCAAAGGAAUUCCAAUCCACAGCCGUGACGUCAUACAAACAUAUCCCGAUCGAAGAAGUCAAGGUCCAGGAUAUCACGGAUUGGCUGGUUGGUUGUAAAAGGAGGGGGUAUAAGAUUGUGGGUGUAGAGCAGACGGAUCGUUCAGGGUUUUUAGGGGAGGGGGGCGGGGAGGAGGGUGCUGGUGCAGGUGGACAUGAAGGCCCUCAGGAGCGGAAGGGCGGCGAUGUCCAGGGUGGGGUUAGGAACAAGCGUAUAGGUUCUCUACCUAAGAAAUGCGUGCUCGUACUUGGCAGUGAAAGAGGAGGGAUUACGCCGGACGUGCUGAGUGUUGUGGAUAGGUGUGUGGAGAUUAAGACUAGGGGGGUUACGAGGAGUUUGAAUGUGCAGACGGCGGCUGGGAUUGUGUUGUAUGAGUGGUGGAGGGAAUGGGGCGGGAGGUUGGAGGCGUGAUAGUCGGAUAGCCGUAAAGGGGCGAAGAGAUGAGAAAACGGGGUCUGGAUCGGGAAAUUGAG